AUGCAGCCGCAUUCGCAGCAAAACAGCUUUGACCAGUACGGCGGGAACGGCGGAAACGGCGGGAUCGGCGGAAUGAGCGAGGGCGACGGGAUUGGCUUAAGCGGCAGAUACCGAGCAGCAGUACCGCCCCAGAAUCUUCCCCCAGAUUUCGACCCGUGGGAAAUGGCGAACGCUUGCGACCUUUGGGCGGAAACUUACGAGGCGCCAGGGCCGAUCCCCGGAACCGGCGCGCGGGGGCCUGGUGUGUCUCAUUUCGACGAAAGCGGCGACGGAAAUGCGUGGGCGAUUCCAGUCAGCGACGACGAAGAUUACGACGACGGCGCGUCGUCACUCCCUCCGUUCCCCGCGGAAGCGCCGUACGAGGAGGCGAAUUACGAGUCGACUCAAGAAUCAGCGUCACUGCCUCCGCUCAUUGCGGGAGCGGGAGCGCCGUACGAGGGCCUCGGCGCGCUGAACCGCUCCGCGACGACACCUGAGCUCGCGACUCCCGCGAGGCGCGGUGGAUACUUUGAACCCGAGCCGACGAACUUAACGGCGGGAAGAGCUGAGAUGACCACCCGCAAGGGCAGGCAAUCAUUCGACGCGCGCCUCGAUUACGAUUCUAGAGACGACGUCGCGCUGACGGCGCGCGUCGGCGGCGGAGUGGCAGGCGCUCACUUAGCGGGAGCGGCUUUUCGCGACGGGGCGGAUGGGGCCUUUGUCGCAGAGGGAGCGUCGCAGCAGUGGGACGGCGUCGCAGAUGUCGCAGAUCAUGUCGCAAUGCAGGAUGCGGCGGCCGGCCGCUGGAGAGCGACGAUGGGCGAAGGAGGGGAGGAUGAGGAGGAUGAGGAGGAACGCGAGGAGGAAGGCGAGGAGGAAGAGGAGGAGUGGGAUGAAGAAGAAGAGGAAGAGUCUGAGGCGAGCCCGUGCGACCUGCAAAGGUCCCCCCUUCCGCCGCCCCAUCACAAAGCUCACACACACGCUGCUGCUGCUGCUGCCGCUGCUGCAAACUAUGGUGCGGAGAGGAGUCCGAACGGCCGAUUCACAGGGGCUGUAGCGGGUGGGGGAGUAGCAGGCGCGGAUGUAGCAGAGUGGGUACCGCCGCCCCCAGGAGCGCCCUCCCCUCAGCUGUCACCUGGGUGCCAACGUCCAGGGGCGGAUGUAGCGGCCUGGAUACCACCUUCCCCAGUUGGCACCGGGAAGCAACGCGUGCACCGCCGCACAGUCUCUGACCUCUCUGAUGUGAUGCCGGCUGGGGUUGCUGGCGCUGACAUGGCUGUAGCGGCUGCUACAGCCGGCGGGAACGCUGCGGCAGGUGUUGGGCCGGCUGGGCGUGCUGUUGCUACAGCCGGAUACGGCAAUUCUGACAGCUUUCGUGGGGGCGGGGUGAACGUGCCGUGUAGCAGAAGCAGCAGCGGCGGCAGUGCUGUGCCUGUGAUGUUGUAUUCAGGGGUGAACAGGGGAGGGGAGGGGGCGAACAGAGGAGGGGAGAGUCGAAGGUGCAUGGAGGGAAUGGGUGCUUCUGCUUCUGCUGCUGCUCGUCUUGGUUCUUUUAACCCAAAGCAGCAACAGCAGCAGCAGCACCAACAGCAGCAGCCGCAACAACUGCAGCAGCAGCAGCAAUCGCCAUUGUCAGUGCCACCCCUACAUCAGCAAGGUAGCAGACGGAACAUGCCGAAUUUCGUCCCUCAGAAGAGCUUCGGCAACGCUGCUUCCGUUGGGUCUAAACCUAUGCUGGGGCAGCCUCAGCUGAGUAUGGACAGGGGGAAGGGGAAGGGGCGCGGAGCAGGAGGGGCAGGGCCAGCAGGAGCAGACGCAGCAGCAGCAGCAGCAGCAGCAGCAGCAGCAGCAGCAGCAGCAGCAGCAACGGCGGCAACUGCUGUCGCAGAAGGUAGCAGUAUAGCAAAUGGAAGAGGGAGGGGAAGCCUAGGCGCAUCUGGGCGUAAGGUUGGGGCCAAUAAGAGGCUCAACUCGCUUGCUUCCGUGGCGAAGGCUCUAGGGGCGUUUGAGAAGCAGACUGAGAAGUGGAAGGAGCAGCAGGCGCUGCUAAAAACGCGGGAGGAGGAGGAGAAGGAAGGCGAGGGAGGGGAAGCAGGAGGAGGGACGGGGAAGCGGGAAGGGGAAGGCGGAGAUGGGGGGUCAGGGGGAAGUGGAGCUGCGCCUAAGACCCCGAAGGGUGCUUCAUUGGCACAGUCGUUCAGAGGGCCACAGCAGCAGCAGCAGCCCAAGACAUCAACAGUCCAGCGAAGCUCCACAGGUACUUGGGGAGGGAAAGGAGGAGGAGGAGGAGCAGGAGGAGCAGGAGCAGGGGGAGGAACAGCUGGAGUGGGAGGAAAAGGAGUAGGAGGAUCGGGGAGAGUGGCACCCCUGAACCUACCACCACUGGUUCUUCAGGAGGAGCCUCAGCUGCAGCUAGUGCCGCCUGGCAGGAGGGCAGGCGCUGCAGCAUUAACUGGCCAGUCGACUGGACCCUCUGUGAGAGCUGCUAUUACUCCUGGAGGACGGCUGCAGCGGCAGAUGAGUGACGAUGAGGAGGAGGGGGACGGGGAGAGAGGGAAUGGGAGAGGAGCGGGGGCGGGUGAUUUGGGAAGAUCGGGCUCUGGUGUUGGUAAGCGGGGGGGCGUGACCGCCCCUAUGACGCCCAAGGGGAGGCUGCAGCGGCAGAUGGAUGAUGAGGAGGAAGAGGGGGAAGGUGUGAGGGCAAAGGCGGGCAAGAAAGGAGGAAGGAUGCAGAGGCAGAUGGAAGAGGAGGAAGGUGUGAGGCAGAAGGCGGGCAAGAAAGGAGGGAGGCUUCAGAGGCAGAUGGAAGAGGAGGACGACGAGGAGGAGGGUGUAAGGGCGAAGGCGGGUGUGUCAGGAGCUGGUGUGAGCGUUCCAGUGCCUGUUGUUCCUACUAAGGCGGCCAAGAAAGGAGGGAAGCUUCAGAGGAGCCUAGACGACGACAGUGAGGAAGAGAAGGAGGAAGAAGGUGGGAGGAAACGGGAGGGGAGGCGGGUGAACGGGAAAGAGGAGAAGGGCAAGGAGGUGCGGAAGACAGGUUCGGGCACAGGCUCGGGAAAAGCAGGCUCGCCAACGGCUGUGGGGAAAGAAGUUUCAGCUGUUGGUGCGGGUAGGCAAGGGAGCAAGAGAGAGGGAGAGAGGCUGGAGAGGAGGAUGGAGGAUGAGGACGAGAGAGGGGAGACGACUGGGGUGAUUAUGGGCGAGAAUGGUAAAGAGGGUGACAGAAGCGGGGUUGAGAGCGGUGGAGGUAGGUGCAGUCCUCGGGAGUUGAAGGAGGAUGGAGGGAAUGAGGGAGUGGUUGUUGGCGAGGGAAGGAAGGGGAAGAACGCUGGGUCUGGUGAGGGGGAUAGGCGGCGUCAGGAUAGGGCUUCUGGAAGGCUGCAGAGGAGGAUGGAUGAUGAUGAGGAUGAUGGUGCUGGUGAUGGUGCUGGUUGUGAUAAGGAGAAAGAAUCUUCUGAGUUGACUCAAAAGGGUGAUAGGCGUGAGGGUAGGGCCUCCGGGAGGAUACAGAGGAGGAUGGAGGAAGAUGAGAGUGAUGAUGAGAAGAAUCUGAGUGGCUCGAGAAGGUCGGCUGGUGGAAAUUCAAGGAGCGGUGCCAGCACUCCCAAGGGGGGGAGGAGGGCCGGCAAGAGUCAAUCCUCUGUUGAGACUUCUCCAUUGUCUCAGAAUUUGCCGUCUCAAAACGCCCAAGGAGGGCCGGGUGAUCUGUUUCGACGGGCCGGAUCGAUGGGUGCUGUGGGUGGGGAUGAGAGGGGGACUCCUGAGAGUGAGGGGCAGGGAGGAAGGAAGGAGGGGGAGAGGUUGAUGAGAAAGAAAGGGAGCGGGGAUAUGGACAGGGAAAGGAGGUCGAAAGGGAGUAAGGGGAGUGGAGAUUUCGAGUGGGAUGGCAGGAGGUUCAAGGGGAGUGUUGAUAUGGAGCAGGAGGAGAAGCAGGCAAACGAGGAGGAGGAAGGAGAGGGGAACGAGGAGGAGGAAGAAAGUGACAAGGUGAAGGGGAAGGAGACGACGGAGGGGGGGGAGCAGGAGGCGGAGAAAAGGGGAGUAAAAGAGGAGAAGGAGGAGAGUCCAAAGGAGAGGCGCAAGGUGAGUAAGCUGCAGCGAAGGCUGGAGGAUGAUGAGACAGAUGAGGAGGAGGUGUGUGUGAAGGAAAGUGCGAAGGAGAGUGCCAAGGAGUGUGAAAAGGGGCGUGAGAAGCAUAGGAAGGUGGGCUCUCAGGGAGAGGAUGUGAGGAGGAUCGGUUCAGAUGUGAGAAGGAUCGGUUCGGAUGAGACAGACGGGAGUAGGAUAGGAGGGAGUGGGAGAAGAGGGAGUGGAAGGAAGGCAGGUGCAGCAGGGAAUGGUUCUGCUAGAAAGGAGGUUGGGAGCAACCGGAAAAGUAGGUUGGGGGUUGAGGUAGGGAGGGAGGACGGUGGGAAGACGGAGGAUGAAGGGGAGAGGGAGGGGGAGAGGAAGAGGAGAGGAAAGGAGGAUAAGGCAAGAGAGAAGAAGGAGAAGGACGGGGGGAAGAAGGGUGGGAGCAAAGGCAGUGGGAGGAGGGAGAAGGCCGAUAUUCCUCUGAAGGCCACACGUGUGUUUGCAGAUACCAACACCGAUUGGAAUGCGGAUCCUUCCUCUGCUGCUACUUCCGAUGGGCUGCCUUGCAAGUCUCCUAGAAGCAUUCGCGAGGGCUCUUUCUUUGGGAGCCUGAGCAGCUUCCGAUUCGCGCCUGACGUUCGCUCGCUCUGGUCUCGAACCAAGACGAUGAAUGAGAGAGAUGGGGAGGAGCGGAAGAGGAAGGAGCGGCAGAAGGAGGAGGGGGUAGGAGAGAAGGAGGAAGGGGGGGAGGGGAGGGAGGGAGGGGAGAUGGGCCGGUCUUGGUCCCGGACUAGGACGAUAAAUGAGGGAGAUGGGGAGGCGAGGAAGAGGGAGGAGAGGAGGAGGAAGGGGAGUAAUGGGGGAGAUGAGGAACAGGAGGGGAGAGAGGGUGGGGAGUUUGGGCGGUCUUGGUCUCGAACCAAGACUCUGAAUGAGGGGGAUGGGGAGGCAAGGAAGAGGGAAGAGAGGAGGAGGAAGGGUAGUGCGGGAGAGGAGGAACUGGAGGGGGGAAAGGGGAGGGAGGGAGGAGAGAUGGGCCGGUCCUGGUCGCGAACCAGGACGAUAAAUGAGGGAGAUGGGGAGGCGAGGAAGAAGGAGGAGAGGAGGCGGAGGAAGGGGAGUGGAAGUGGGGAGGAGGGGUGUGGCAUCGGUGCUUCUGGGUUGGACGAACUGGGUGUGAACACGGGCAGGAAUGGCAGCACUGAGGGGCGAAUCAAGCCAAAGGAGGAGGGUGGGUCAAGGUGUGCGGGUAAGGACGGGAAAGGCGUGCGAACUCUCUUGAUUGACGCAGGCAGUGAUGGCGAGGAGGAGGAGGACGGGAGGGAUGAGCAGGCAGAAGGGGAGCAAGGAGGCAAGGAGGGUGAGAAGGAGCAGGGGCAGCAGGGGCAGCAGGGGCAGCAGGAGAAGCUGGAUAAGGUAGAGGAGGAGAAGCGCUUGCUGCAGCUGCAGCUGCAACAGCUGGAGGAGCAGCAGAGACAGCUGGAGGCCGAGGUGGACCGGCAGAGGCAGCUGCUGGGAAUGAGCAGUGGGGUGGUUGGCAGUUAG